AUGGUAGACAACAAGAUCUACGAUGUGGUUGUUGUCGGCGGUGGUCCAGUCGGGUUGGCUGCAGGAUACGAGGUAGCCAAAGCAGGGGCCAGUGUCAUGAUUCUCGAGCAAAACAACUUCUUCAACCAGGCCGGGAGCUCUGGUGAUCUGGCUCGCAUGUUUCGCACCAUGUACACCGAAGAGUUCAUGGCUGAACUGGCUACCAAAGCCAUGAAGCACUGGGAUGCUCUCGAGAAGGAUGCUGGCGUAUCUCUUCGCUGGAUGGGUGGCUUGCUCAAUUUCGGUGAUAAGGAUAUGGGUGAUGACACGCCUGAAGGAACCUUACUGGGACCUAUCGAUAAUUUGAAAAAGUUCGAUAUGCACUACAAAGAGCUCUCUGCGGAAGACAUCGAAGAGCAAUAUCCAUUCAAGAACUUGAAGAAAGACUGGAUGGGUCUCUUCGCACCAGACAACGGAGUCAUCAACGUCCAGCUACUGCUACGGACCCUCUACAGUUUGGCGAGGGACUAUGGCGCCGAUGCCAAACAGCACACUGAAGUCAAGCAGAUUCGUCCAUCAGACAAGGAUAAAUCCAUAUGGGAAGUCCAUGGCACUGUGCACGGCAAGUCUGUGACUUAUCUUGCCAAGAAGAUCAUCAUCACAAGUGGAAGCUAUGUCAACCAUGUCCUGAAGCCCAGUUUUGGGAUUUCCCUGGGACUAGAGAUUUGGGAGAUGGUUGCGACAUAUUUUAAUACCAACGCCGGUCCUAACGGCACUAUCUUCCCUAGCAUGUGGUUUCAGUUCGCUCCGUCGGUCAACAAAAGAUCCCGUCUCUUCUAUGGGUUUCCCGCCCUGCCAUGGGGUCCGCCAAAUGUCGUCCGCAUCGCUGUCGAUGCUGCAACUCGGACGAUCAAAGAUCCAAGUGAACGCCAAACCCAUGUUCUCAGCCCGGAAGAUAUUCAGGAUACCCAAGAUUUCGUCAGAGACCACGUCGUCGGUGUCGAUCACACAGUCCCAGCAUCUACUGUCAGCUGCCUGCAGACCAAUGUCUUUGACAACAUGUUUGUUCUGGACUUCUUGCCUAAGAAGUAUCUGAAUGGAGGUGCAGAGAAGAGUAUCGCAAUCUUCACUGCUGGCUGGGCGAUGAAGUUUGUGCCGACUCUAGGCAAAGCUCUAUCCGAGAUGGUUCUGAAAGGAGACUCUGAUUAUAAACUCAAGGAAUUCUCGAUUACUCGCCCUGCACCGGCUGGGAAGGAAAUCAUCCAAGAGAACUGCGAGUCACCUGGUGAGGUCAAGAUGGCAUCAAUGUCGAUCCAGCAACCUGGCUUCGAACAGGCUCAGGCUUCUUCCUAUGGCAAGAGGGUAUCAGCACAUGCGGCCUGA